AUGCCCAUCACUCACAAGGAGGCCGCGCCCGGUGCCGCCAUGAAGGCCGAGAUUGAGGAUUACACUAAGGCCCUUGAGGUCGUGGCGACCUACACCACCCAGGAUGGCCUCGAUGUUGACACUCUCCUGGACUCCGAUAAGCACGGAGCUCUGACCUAUAACGAUUUCCUGGUUCUGCCCGGUUAUAUCGGCUUCCCCGCCUCCGAUGUCUCUCUGGACACCCCUGUUACCAAGCGUAUCUCUCUGAAGGCUCCCCUUCUAUCUUCUCCCAUGGACACUGUCACCGAGCACAACAUGGCUAUCCACAUGGCCCUGCUCGGUGGUCUGGGUGUCAUCCACCACAACUGCGCUCCGGAGGACCAGGCGGAGAUGGUCCGCAAGGUCAAGAGAUACGAGAAUGGCUUCAUCCUGGACCCCGUUGUUCUCUCUCCCACGGCCACCGUUGGUGAGGCUAAGGAGCUGAAGGCCCAGUGGGGUUUCGGUGGUUUCCCCGUCACUGAGAAUGGAACCCUUCGCUCCAAGCUGGUUGGUAUGGUUACUUCUCGUGACAUCCAGUUCCACAAGAAUCUUGAUGAGCCUGUUACCGCCAUCAUGGCCACUGACCUGGUCACUGCCCCCGCUGGUACCACCCUUGCCGAGGCCAAUGAAGUUCUCCGCCAGUCCAAGAAGGGCAAGCUGCCCAUCGUCGACAACUCUGGCAACCUUGUUUCUCUGCUUUCCCGCUCCGAUCUGAUGAAGAACCUCCACUACCCGCUGGCCUCCAAGCUUCCCGACUCCAAGCAGCUGAUCUGCGCCGCCUCUAUUGGUACUCGCGAGGAGGAUAAGCACCGCCUCAAGCUGCUUGUUGAGGCCGGUCUGGAUAUUGUCAUCCUGGACUCCAGCCAGGGUAACAGCAUUUUCCAGAUUGAGAUGAUCAAGUAUAUCAAGAAAGAGCUGCCCGAUAUCGAUGUUAUUGCCGGUAACGUCGUUACCCGGGAGCAGGCUGCUUCUCUGAUCGCCGCCGGUGCCGAUGGCCUGAGAAUUGGCAUGGGCUCCGGUAGUGCUUGUAUCACCCAGGAGGUUAUGGCCGUCGGCCGCCCCCAGGCUGCUGCCGUCCGCAGCGUCUCUUCUUUCGCUGCUCGCUUCGGCGUUCCUUGCAUUGCUGAUGGUGGCGUCCAGAAUGUUGGCCACAUCGUCAAGGGUCUGGCCCUGGGUGCCAGCACCGUCAUGAUGGGUGGUCUUCUUGCCGGUACCACUGAAUCUCCUGGAGAGUACUUCGUUAGCAACGAGGGUCAGCUCGUCAAGGCCUACCGUGGCAUGGGUAGUAUCGCUGCCAUGGAGGACAAGAAGGCCGGCGGCGGCGGCAAGAAUGGCAAGGCCAGCAACGCUGGUACCGCUCGCUACUUCUCCGAGAAGGACCGCGUCCUGGUCGCCCAGGGUGUCGCUGGAUCCGUCCUGGACCGUGGUUCCGUCACCAAGUUCAUCCCUUACCUUAUUGCCGGUGUCCAGCACUCCCUGCAGGACAUGGGUAUCAAGUCCCUCGAUGAGCUGCACGCCGGUGUUAAUAAUGGCACUGUCCGCUUUGAGAUGCGCAGCGCCAGUGCCCAGGUCGAGGGUAAUGUCCACGGUCUGCACAGCUAUGACAAGAAGCUUUACUCGUAA